UUUUAGUUUUUAGGUUAUAUCAUUGUUUAUUUCUUUAUUCAUUGGUUUAUUUAUCAAACAAUGGUUAUAAUUAUAAAAAUAACUUUUUAAAAAUAGUUUUAGGAUGUAAACAACUUUUAAAUUAAAAUGGCUUUAUCCAUAUCACCAAGAAUUUCGCUAAUUAUAUUAAAACAUUUAUAUUUCCCAAGACUACAAAGUAUCAAUCUUUGCUUCUGUAAUCUUCAACCCGGUAUUUUGGCGUUCGAUUCUGACGCUUUAGAAAACUUUACCACACAGUUGAUGCAGAGGAAGGUAAAUAAAUGGGAAAGCGGACGCAUGAAGCAGAAUUUAAGAUCUUCUCCGCUAUCGAUAAAAUUUGCAACUAAACAAAGUGUAGCAAUUGAUGUAACUGCAGUUGAUGGUGUAUUACGUGAUGCACUCGAGGUAGAUGACAAAGAUUGCAUUACAAGUGCGCUUGAUGAGUGCAUGAAAUUUCGUGUUCUUCCGGAUAUGGCAAACUUGUUACAAGCGUUCUCAUUCUUUGCGCAUGCUGGUGACAAGGCAAUGGUUUUAAAAUUGAUCGAAUUAAGUAAACUUCUUAAUGAAGACACUUUAGUGCAGUAUUCAUAUUUUAAACAUUAUUUAGCCGAAGCCACUUGGGCUAAAGGGAAUGUAAGUGAAGCAAUUUUAUUGUUCGAGGAAGUGUAUGCUAAAAAUUUAUAUUUACGAAGACGAAUUAGGAGUAUGUUAAAUAGUCUAGUGAGUGACUCUAUUAGAGGUCGCAGUGAAGCAGUUUUAUUACUCAUAUUAAGUUUUGCGAAACGAUUGGGAGAGAUUUACAAAGAUUUCUAUCCUCUAGCUUGUAUUUGGAGGUGCUGCAUAUUAAGCGAAUGGUUUACUGAUCAAAGCAUUGCGUUAGAGUUACUAGAACACAAUGAAGACCUGCGAAAAAUUGUGACAAAACAUGUACCCAUCAUUGUUUAUGUAGCUUUGAGGGAACAUCAGCUUGAUCUAGUGUAUAGAAUUUUAGAAGUUUUAUUGAGGUGUGAAUCAAAAGCGCAUUAUGCCACAAUAAUAGAAAUGCUAUUUGAUUAUAGAGUUAAACAGCGAGAUCUUCAAGGUUGUACCAAGAUCGUUCAGUGGUGUGAAGUCCACGGUAUUACAUUAGCCAUGUUCCAACAAGAACAAUACAUAAACUUACUAUGCUCAAGCCCAACUAGUAAUCAACCAUCAGAAAAACCUGCUAGACCAAGACCGCACAGUUAUAACUUCAAAUUUUAAGGUUGUUGCAUAUUUAUUUAAGUAAAAAAUGUUUGUAAAGA